AUGAAUAGUCAAGAGAUUACAUCUAACGAAAGCUUUUCUAAGCUUUAUAAUGCAAAUAAUAUUAGUGUUGAAAAUUCUUUUUACUCAGCAAGAGAAUUAUUGGAAUCUAAUAAAGACAAUAAAACUGACAAUUCAUUUGAGAAUCGAUAUCUUUCAAAUUCUAAUGUUCUUCAAGAAAUGACAAUUCAAGCCUCUGAUCCAUCACAUAAUCAACCCGUAUCAAAAACAUAUAAUAUUCAAGAAGAAAAAUCCAAAUCUACCUU